AUGAAAAGAAGAAGUUUAGUAGUAUCUAGUUUAUCAGGAUCUCCAAAACGUUAGCUAUCUUAAAUGAGUAUACAUGGUAUAAAAUAAAAUAUAAUUAAAGAUUUUCCGAAUUUGGAAUUGUUAUCUUAGAAUUAUGAAGAUGAGUAAUUAGGAUAUAUGUUAACUGAAAGUGUUAUAGUGAGUAGAUUUAUUUGUAGAUAAAUAAUUUAAAAGGCAAGUAAUAUAAUAUAAGAGAAUUACAUAAUGAAUGAAUUGAUACCUUUUGGAUGUAAAUGGACAGAAUAAUAUAUUAAUAUGAUUAUAUCAGAUAUAACAGAAGACAUGAAUUUGUUAGAUUCUAAUGAAGAUGAAAUAGAACCUAAACCAUGUCCAAUAGAACAUUGGAGAAGAAUGAUUGGUUAAGUUUUAAGUCCUAAAACAAUACUAAUUGAAAAUAGGUCUUUUAGAAGAGAAUCCAAAUUAUCAAAUACUGAAAUUACUAAACAGGAUAAUUAGAGAUUUGAUACAUAACCAGUUAAAAUGGGGGAUAUAGAUGAUGACCUUGAUUUUGAUACUGAAAUUGAAUCUAUGCGUUAAGCUAAAGCAAGAUAGUUGUUCAAUAUGUAAUAAAAACAGAUGCAAGAUCUUAUUAAAAAAUAAGAGUACCAAGAUAUGAAUAGAUAACUUAAAAGAUUAAAUGUUGAUUCUAAAUGUAUUAAUCAACUUACUUAGCCAAAUACACUUACGAUUUUGAAGGUAGAGUCCUUGUUUAGAAACCACCUGAUGUCGAACGUUAUCCAAGAACUUAUUAAGACAUCCAAGAAAAAAGAGUUUUACUAGAAGUCAAAGACCUAUUUCCUCAUCAUAAACAAUAAUUAGAAUCAAUCAACAAUUACAAAAAAAAAACCAUUGAAUCAUGUAAUCCUUCUACUUUAUCUAAUCGUUUUAGCUCAUCUUAAAUUGAUAUUAUCUAAUUAUAAAAAGGAGUUGCUUUCAUUGAAGGUAAAAAUGAAAAAAGAAACGAUCGUUAACAUUCCUUAAUUGAAAUUAAAGAUCCUAAAGAAUUACAAAAAACUUUAUCAUAAAUACAUCUCAAAAUGAGCAAAGAAGAAUAUUCAAUUAUUACUAAUUAACCAUUAUAAUCUAGUUUUAAUAAUAAAUAAUUGAAUCUCACUCAACAUAAAGUUUAAUUAUCUAAUCAAUUAACCAAUCCUUAAAUUCCUUUAUCUAUUAAUGGAGAUUAUAGUAUUUAAUCAUUAAAUUCAUCAAUCUUAUAAAAACUUAAUGGAACCAUAUCAAUUCUAUCAGAUCAUUAUGAUGAAUUAUUAAUAAACGAACCAUCUUCAUCCAUUACACCUACAACUACCAAAUUACCAUAAAUUUAAUCAUAAAUAUCAUAAAAUUUACCCUAAAUCCCUUCCCAUUUAUUAACUGAACCCACUUCAAACCCUUUGACUAAUUCUGUCACUAAAUUACCGAAAACAAUGUAUGUUCCAGGAACAUUUUCUAAGAUCAUUCCCAAAUAUCCUAGAGAAAGAAUCUCAAGAAUUGUCAAAUAAAUUAAAUAUUGAUAUUUCUAUAUAUUCAUUUAUUCG